CUAGUCCUAACAUUAUUUAUCAUAAAUACACUGGUAAUUAUUUUAACAUGACGGCUAAUUUACUUAAACUAUCCCUUUUAGGGAUCAUAUGCCGGCAAUUAUAUAUAACCACGGCAGUGUCCAAUGAUCAGAGUUCAGCUAUUGUCGGUGGUUCAAUUGCCAAUUUAGGUCAAUUUCCCCAUCAUGUACUUUUGCGUAGAGAUCCAAGAGAUCUAUUGUUUUGUGGUGGUUCAAUAAUUUCCGAUAAAUGGGUUUUAACAGCAGCUCAUUGUGUUUAUAAUAGGACCUACCUUCAUAUGGAAUUUGGCACCACAAAUCUCCAUGUUAAAGGUGUUACUAUGAAUUCUUCAAAAUUUUAUAUACAUCCCAAAUACCAACCCGACACUUUAAUGAAUGAUGUUGCUUUGAUUAAACUACCGUCGGUCUUAAAGUUUAACGAAAGCAUAAAUUACAUUCAAUUGGUGCCUACAAAAAAUGUCGAAAAUGAAUUUGAGGGUAAACUUGGUUUUGUAACUGGUUUUGGUUGGUCUGCCGAUCAAGCCAAUAAAUAUACGGAAUAUUUGUUACGGGGCACGGUGAAAGUUAUCGGUAAUAAAGAAUGUGCUCGGAAAUUAACUGAAUAUUCUAUACAGGCUUCAAGAAUGUGUACGGUUCCUUAUAAAGGUACGAAUAUGUCACCCUGUAAGGGUGAUACUGGUGGUGCUUUAGUUUGGGAAAGCGAAUAUGUACAAAUCGGUAUUAUAUCGACGAUAAAACAAAAUCAUUGUUCAGAAUAUCCUGUUAUUUAUGCGAGAAUUUCAUCGUAUAUUGAUUAUAUACGCAAUAUAACGGGUUUAGAAUUUCAUUAAUUUUAUGUAAUUGAACUUAAGAAUAUUUCAUUGGAAAGAAUUUGUAAAAUACAAUUAAAAUCGUUUUAUUUGCCUAGGGGUCUAUAGGAAAAUGUUAAGCAGUUUAUAGCAUUACAAAUUGUUAACAAAUUACCCAAGUUCA